AUGCGCUCAAGUCUUUCAUGUGAAUUUUGCCGGCGAUCAAAGAUCAAAUGUGUGAACACAGGCAAGGCGCCUUGUCGAAAAUGUCAGCGAAGCGGCAUCCUGGACUGUGCUCUUAGCAGACCACAGAGCAGACCUUUUAGCAGACCCCACAGGCGUCCUGAUCAAGCUCGAGCCGUGGACUCGCAUGAGAUAGCAAGCAGCUCACCUUCUGGAUUAUCACAUGAGCCUGUUCUGAAUCGGCGACCAAUUUCAGGGAUUCCUUCCCAAGAUGCUGGAAUUGUUCAAGGCCAGGCAUCUGCCCAUGCUGGACAUGAAAAUGCUACUCACGAGCAUAUCCGUACCCUGUCGCCGAGUAUUGUACUGAAAGUGUUGAAUAUCUUCAUUAACAAAUUUCCGGAGCUCGGCAUUCUGCAUCUACCCAGCUUCAUGCAAGAGCUCCAGACCACGUGCCACAAUGAUACCAGAACACUACUGGCAGCAAUUCUUUCGGUCACUCAUUGCUACUUCAAACAAUCGAAUCUCGUUGGACUGGAAAAUCUUUUGUCUAGAGAGGAAUAUGCGUCUUAUGCCCGAGGCAUGUUGGCUCAUAGCUCCUUCCAGGCGCCGAGGCUUCAAGUCGCACAGGCUCUGCUGGUCAUGGGCCUCUUCGAAUGGGGAUCGCGUGAAUUCCACCGAGCUUGGAUAUACUGCGGAAUUGCCAUUCGCAUCAUGCAAGCCAUCAACAGCCUCCAUAUCGCACCGUAUCCUGCUGAUCCACAAGCGUCUGGCAAUCAAGAUCCCAGUCAAGAAGCCAUCAAUUCGGCAGUCCAAAAUCGAACAAUGUGGGCAUGCUUCAUCAUGGAGCGGCUCAUUAGUUCUGGCACCUAUAACCCGCCCAUGCUUCCCUUGUCCGAGAUGGAGAAGAUCAAAGUUCUGCGCCCAUUUUCCGCAGUCGAAUUCGCUUUUGGUACCGACUCGACCUCACAAAGAAGCAGUAUGGUCCAAAGUCUUGCGACUCUGCAAAAUCGUAAUUCUCAUUUGCUAGAUAUCACGCAAGCAUUCGAAGUUCUGGUAGCGGGCUUCGACAUAUGGACACAUGUGAUGACCUUUGUCCUCAACGAUGGGCGGCGAGCACCAGAAAUGUGCGCACCUAGGAAUUGCCCAUGGGUGCCUGGAUCACCAUGGUCCAAUACUCGAGAGCGUCUCGAGGAAUGGCGCGCGAAUCAACACCAUCGCCUCCAUUAUCCGCAGAACUCUGUUGUGGCUCACAUUACACUCGGAUACGGAGAGUCUUUUACAUACGUGAAUCUGAUCUAUUAUCUUUGGUGUGUUGUGCCCAUCAAUCUCGACCUCUGGAGACGGAGACUAAUCUAUACACUUGCCACCAGCACCGUCAUGCUACAUCGCGAAUAUUUUCCGUUCUUACCAACUUCAGAAACAGUCCCAAGGGGCCCUGUGGACCAUCCUCGACUUCAAGCGGAGGCUCCUCCCGGAUGGUGGGAUCGAAGCGCCCUUGAAAUGUUCGGAGCUACUGAACAUAUCGCCAGAAUUCUGCAUGAGGCUGCAGAGUGCGGGUCGGAGCUGUUGACACCAUUUGUGGGAUUCUGCGCCUUCUCAGCCGCGUACAUGAAUCUUUAUGUCUCCAAAUUUCCACAGAUGAACCUGGGCCGAAGUCCUCAGGCUGAACAACACCUGCAAUAUUGCCUCGCCUAUCUUGAGGGUUUUCGGCAUGAAUGGAAGCUUGGCGAGAGCUGGAUGACCACAAUUAAACAUGCGUCCCUUCUUUACGAGAGAGCAAGCUCAGAUAGAGCGCGAUACCAGGGAAAAUCGAGGAAGGAUUUCGACAUCCUUCAUCAAUCCAUCCACGAGUUCCGAGUCGUGGAUCGCUCGCACCAAUACAUACAAGAAAUAGAAGGCGCUGAACGUGCAACAGACCCUUCGACCUCUGGCACCACCCCGAUGACGAACACUGCAUCGGAUUCGUUAGAUCUAGAUGCACCGCUCAAUGACCUGCUGACCGAGGUCAGCACGUAUGCUCAUGAGCAAGGCAUGUGGUCGCAUUGGUGGCCAUCUCAAGAAGAGAUGAAUGUGCUGCUAUUUCCCGACAGCAUAAGUUAA